AUGACCGAGUGGCACCGGCUGGGCGAGGCGUACUACCGCCGCACGCUGCAGUAUGAGCUAUCAUGGCCGGUGCAGACAUUGGAUGACUACCUUGUCGCGAUGUCGACCGAUGGCGGACUGAUCGCGUUGACACGCAACCCCCAUCAGUUGGUCGCUCUAGGCGAUGUCGGUGCAGUCGAGCCGCGCAUUCAAGUAUACACAGGAGCAGGCCAGCUGGUAGAGACGCUGCCGUGGGACGCCUCGUUGCGCAUGGUGGCCAUGGGCUUUACGUUUCGCGAUGAAUUGGCGAUCGUGACCGACGAUGGACAAGUGCGUUUGUACGCCUUGCUUGUGCCAUGUCCACGUCGCGAGGCUGGCUGCGUCGAAGCGACGCCCAGCACACACUACACGUGGUUCGUCCUGAGCGAGGAAGCGGCGGACCUCGGUGUCGCGCAGGCGCUCGUCACGCCCGAUCGCAUAUGGGCUUUGUUGAGAUCGGGGAGCAUGGUCGAGGCGCCCUGGGCCGGCAUUGUGGAAGCACAGCCGCGUCCCAAGGUCUGGGCCGAGCACUUGCCGCGCCGUGAGCCGCGUACGUGGCCGCCAGUCAGUCAGCCGCCGCCCAGGUUACCGUCGUGGACAGCGUCGUCCGCGCCGACAGUGCUGGUGGCGACCGAUACGAGCGUGUGGCAGUUGGGCGUGGAGGGGUACGAGGCGUUGCCCAUCGAUCAACGCGCGGUCGUUGGUAUGUCCGUGAGCCCCAGCGGCAAACUGCUCGCGAUGAUCACCGAGUCGCAUGAACUGCAUGUACGAACGAUGGAUGGCGCGCGUCUGUUGCGUGUGUGGGACAUGACCCGCUGCGACGCGUACCAACAAGCCCCUCUGGCGCCACGUACGCCGGCCCUACUGGAGGACAUGGAUCUCUUUGCGCCGCCGCAGGACCGUGGCGGGCUGGGCGGCACCGGUGUACAUGCCCUCACAUGGUGUGGCGACGAUACCGUGGCGUUGGCCUGGUCCGAUCGUGUACUGUUGCUGGGUCCGUACGAGGAGCCCAUUGCCUUGCACGUUACUGGGCGGCCCUAUCUGUACGGCGAUCAGCAUGGUGUGCGGAUUCUCCAUGGUGACGCGCAUGAGUGGGUCGCGAAAGUGGACGAAGCCUCACUGCAUGCGCUUCGUCCCGGCUCGACGCAUGCCGCAGCCGUGUUGGUCGAUGCCGCGCAGCUAGCGCAGCAAAAUGAUCCACGGGCCUACGAAGCGCUACGGGCCCUUGAUACGCGGCUGGUCGAGGCGAUCGAUGCGUGCAUUGAAGCGGCUGCGCAGGCGUGGGAUGUGGACGCGCAGCAGCGAUUGCUGCGGGCUGCGCUAUUUGGCAAGACGUUUGUGGAUGUAUACGAUACGUCACGUCUUUUGCGUGUAUCGCGUACGUUGCGUGUGCUAAAUGCCGUUCGCGAUGCGUCGAUCGGGAUGCCUGCCGUGUAUGACGAGGCAGGCAUGUCGCUCUUACUCUACCGUCUUGCCUCGCGCGAGCAACACAAAGUGGCCGUGCAUAUGUGUGCAUACCUCGGCGUACGUGCCGAUGCCGUGCUGAAGCACUGGGCGCGUGCGAAGAUGGCACGGGCACGAGUCACGUCCCUGGAGGACGAAGAAGCGUUGGCCCAUCGGAUAAUGGCCAAGUUUGAGGCAGCAGGGACGUGGCGGUAUGCGGACAUUGCGCAGUGGGCCUGGGAGGCAGGACGGUCACGUAUGGCGACGCUCCUGGUCGAGCGGGAAGUACGUGCGAUUGACCAAGUGCCGCUGCUAUUGCAGAUGCACGAGCAUGCCUUGGCCCUCGCGAAGGCCGUGGAAAGUGGCGAUACGGACCUGAUAUACCAUGUACUGUUUGCCCUGCAAUCGUCUAUGGCACGUGGUGCCUUUUUCCGGGUGAUCCAAACGCUGCCUGUGGCCGAGCACGACGCAUAUGAUCAGAGUGUAGGCCUGCGUCCCUCGCCGCGGCCUACCUACGAAGGCCUCGCGGUGAAUUUGUUGCUGUCGUACGCACGCGCACAAGCGCCGGAUCUAUUGCGUGACUUUUACUACCAGGACGACCGGCACCGCGAGAGCGGCGUAGAGUGUGUACGUGAAGCGCUGCGUCUGCCGCCGAAAGAGCGUAUGUCGCCGCUUCGGGAGGCCCAGAAACACUUUAGCAAUGACCGAAGCUGUGCGGCCGAAGCCAAGCGUACGGACGAAGCAUGCCAGCUGUACGCAUUUCAAGCGACCCUUGCGUCGGAGCUCUCUGCGAUGGGCCUCACCGCCGCCGCGAAGGACGUGGAAGGUGUGUCGUUGCACGAUACGAUGCUCCUCUGCCUGCGCCACAAUCUGCCCAAGCGAGCGGAGCGGCUCAAGCAUGAUUUUCGUGUCUCUGACGCGCGCUACUUUGCACUGCGUGUACGUGCGCUUAUCGAGGCGCAGGACUUUGCUGAAUUGUAUCGUCUCGGAACCGCGCGACGUCCGCCGCAGGGCUACGCGCCGAUCAUCGCAGCCCUCCUCCACGCAGGACAUGUGGAGGAAGCCGCGCGGUUCGUGGCCAAAGGCGCGACGAGCGACAAGGCCAAUCGGAUGGCGAUCCAAGCGCUCAUAGAGAGAUGUCCUACGGCCCCAGUGCAAGCGCAGCUGCGUGCGGCGCUGCCAUGA